UGAACAGUCAGUAGGAGUCAGUUUUUUUAAUCAGCCAGGAAACAUCCCAGAUGUAAAGGACAAAGAUAGGCACAGGAAGAGGUCCCCGUUAAGUUGAAAAAUGUGAAAAGGGCUACAAUUAGCAGAGUUAAAUGAAGUGGGCCCAAAAGAUCCAUGAAGACAGCCAUGCUAUGGCCACUGGGGCAAAAAUACCCCAGUGUUCUGCUUGGCAUAGCUGAAGAGUUGCAAUUGUGCUUGUGAGCUAAUGUUUGGGAAUACUCUGAGAUCCAGGGGAACAUAAUCUCAAAAGACAAGACUAAAACCCUGCGAAAUGGGCUAUCAUUGAAGCCAUCCAGGUUGGUGUGACUUUUUGGACAGAAUUCCAAGGCAAGGUCUUCAAUGGUGGAGAUCGAAAACAUUUGUGAGAAAGAUAAGGUUUCAGUGAGCUUGGAUGGCUCACAGUGUGACAAACAUCUGGGUGGGUUGUUGAGAAAUCCAUGGAAUUGGGUUUGGUCGCAUCUGUCAACUAUUGUUUAGUGUGGUGUGUUCAUCCACAGUUAUUUCACAUUUUUUGGAAAGCUACCUACACCUCAGAAUUUGAGAAUGCAUUCCAUCAACUUUAAAAAUCUACUUCAAUGGAACCCAGUCACUUACCGCAAAGGUGAUAUCCAUUAUUCAGUGGAGUAUCAAAGUUACUAUGACAUGCAUUAUAAUAAACAGAAACCUUUUAAGAAAGGCUGCACAAGCAUCAGAAUCACAGAAUGUGACUUGUCAAAUGUAUUAAAAAAGAUGUUUGGUUACUGCCUCCGUGUAAGGGCUGAAUAUGAGAAUGAGACAUCUGAAUGGACUGUUAUCAAGGAGUUUGAACCUCUUGCAGACACUGAAAUUGGACCUCCUUCGAAAGUGGUUGUGAAGCCAAGGUUGGAUAUGUUGGACAUCGACAUCUCUGAACCUGUAAAUGAGAAUGAUAAUAUGUCUAUGCAUGAAUAUUUUUUGGACUUGGCUUACAAAGUGUCCUACUGGAAAGUUGGAGAGGAAGAAAAGACUGAGAGCGUUAACAUUAAUCAGAAGAUGAAAACCCUCAUAAAUCUUAAACCUUGGACCACCUACUGCCUGAGAGUUGAACCUGUCUUACCUAAGAGAAAGACUCAUCCUAGUUCAAUUGUCUGUGAAACUACAAUGGAUAACGGUAGAGUUCCAGAGUGGCAGGUGAUUGUGCUUCUUCUCAUGUCACUUUUUAGUGUCUUCAGUGUAACAAUGGGAACUUUCUAUGCGUCACUUCAUAUUUACAAGGCUGUCAGAUAUGGUUUCUUUCCUUCCUACAACCUCCCUGAACACAUAAAAGAGUACCUGGAAGAACCUUCAUUGAAUCGUCAAUUCCUGCUGCCCCAGACUAAUAAUCUAUGUGAAGAAUCAUUUGACAAACUAAGUAUUAUCGCAGACAUUCAAGGAAGUUUUGACAACACAGAUGUUGCCCUGAAUACAAAUAUGGAAAUGAUUGAGAAACAGCCCAGGAAGGAGGAAAAUCAGGCCAUUGAGGGUGAAGAGGAAGACAAAGGCCUGCAAAAUAAUAAUAACAACAACCUUUAUGGCAGAAUGCAGACACGGCCAGAUAGUGCUGCUUGAGUGAGUCAAAGUGGAGAGCUGCUUGAAGGCGAUACCACACACAACUUCCUCUCUUUUCUGGGAUUUUUGUGACCCACGUAGGAUUUAUUUCUGUACAUUUCUUUCAGUUGUACAUGAAAAUAGCAUCCUAUGUGGUCUGCGUUGUUUUCUCUCACUUCCUCUUCAGCGAACCAUGAACAUUUAUCGCCGAUCUGAGUAAAACUAGGAAAUUGGAUAUAAUUUAUUAUAUUUUAACAGUAAAAUUAUGUGAAUUUUGGAUUUUUGCUGAGAUUUUUGCAACUAUCAAAUUUUGCCUGUGGUUUUCUCUGAGAAAUAUGUUUUGUAAUUAAUAUUCAAUCCAAAUGAAUAUGAAUUACAUGUUUUUUAAAACAAGGAACAUCCCACGGAUUAAAAGAAAUUAAAAGCAAAGGACCCCAAA